AUGGCGAGUCACCAGAAGUGCUAUCCGUUGAAAUAUAUGAUGCCCGAACUUGAGUUCCCUAUGGAGGAUCUAAAGCCAAUUCAAGACGCCAUUGCCCAAGGCGACAAUCUAGCCAAUACUCCAGCUAUUCUUGAAGCCAGGGUCUCACGCCGUGCGCUCCUGGUGGUUAUUCAGCACGAUAUGGAUGCACGAAACCUACUCAGCGCACACGGUGCGUCGCUGUACUUGCCGACCACUCCAAGUGAUGCGGUACGGGUGUACCGUAUGCUCCUGGAUCGUGGUUAUGAGAAGCACAACAUCCGCGUCCAAGUCGAGAGAGUUCACAAAAAUCCUGAGACCAGUCCUACAAAACCAAAUAUAUUGGAGAGUUUGGAAUGGCUAGUCAGUGGCGCUCAGCCAGGUGACCACCGGUUUUUUCACUUCAGUGGACACGGUCAUGCGUAUGAGGUCGAACAAGGACAGGGCAAAGCCACAAGAGUGAUAACAGCGUCACCUGGUAUAGUGGGAAGUACCGGAACCCCUAUUGGAGAACAAAUUUCCACUGAUCACCGAAUGGAGAUAUCCUAUGCUGGGAGAGGAGAUCGAGGAGUUGUUCAGAUCCGACGACCACGCUUACGCGCAGCUCAGGAGUUGUACGCUGUGCUGGCUAAGCUCCUGAAAGGGUGUACGCUGACGAUGUCACUGGAUUGCUUCCAUGGGGGACUCAUGCGUAAUGUAGACCAGAAACCCAGUCGGAGGUGUCGUUGUCACGCUGGGAAUCCUAGCUAUGAUAUAAGCGAUGCUCAAGUUACCCCGAGCAAUUUUGCUGCACCCAUAUCCUCCGAGUCUUCCCUGCGCAACCUGUUUGUACCGCCAGCUUUCUUCUUGCACUCUGGUUAUGACUAUGAUCCGAAGAUCAAAAUGGAGAGGAUAGACGAACCUGAGCUUUUCAAGGACGUCAAGGCAAAGAUAUUUAUGUGGAGUGGAUAUAACACCUUGAAGGACCGAGUCGGUGGUUUCGCGUCGGCUUUCACCAGCGCGGUACAGGAGGUAGAAGGCACUGUGUCUAAUGCAGCGUUAUAUGAGAACGUCAACGGAAUUCGUAGGCAACGGGUGGUGGCCAAAGGUGGGAGUGAUGUCCAAUUGUGGGUUUCUGACGAUGGGAGUGAAGCAGCUCCCUGUAUAUUGGACGAUCUAUUUGUAAUAAGACACUCUGCCAUUGCUGCAAGGGAAGUCUGGCCGAAUCGACCUUCUCAGGAGGCGGCAUUCACCCAUGCACAGCGAUUAGACAGUCUCGCUUUGGCACACUCACUCCCGGAAGCCAAGUCUCCAGUUGCGGUUGAUCCGUUCAAACUUCUUGCAAAAGAUCUAGAACAUCUUCGCGCUGACUUACUGAGUUUGGUCCCAGCCUCUCACCCGGAACUAACGGCUAUCGCCCGCUAUUAUUUCGAAUCUGCAGGAAAGCACCUUCGUCCAGUGCUCAUUCUCCUGUUUGCGAAAGCAGUAAAUGGCCUUGGAUCGGGUUGGGACGAUAAAUGCCGGGCUUUGGUUAACAGUGAUCCUGAGGCACUCAAUCGGCCGCUCUCACCUCCAGAUGUCCUAACUGAUUAUAACCCUGUAUUGCCACAACACACAGGAUUUUCUCCCUCCAAUGCCUUCUCAGCGUAUGCGUGGCAGCAUUCACCUCGUGCAGCUUUCUCUACAGCGCAUUCUCCCCUUCCUUCUACAACACCUGUUCUCCCCACGCAACGACGUUUGGCUCAAAUAACCGAGAUGAUCCAUGUUGCAUCAUUACUCCACGACGAUGUGAUCGACAAAGCCGACACACGCCGCUCUAGACCAUCAGCUCCCGCGAAAUUCGGGAAUAAGCUAUCGAUCCUCGGAGGGGACUUCCUACUUGCCCGGGCAUCAGCUGCUCUGGCCAGACUGGGAGACCUCGAAGUUGUUGAGCUUGUGUCUAGUAUGAUCAACAACCUGGUAGAAGGAGAAGUAGUGCAACUCGAAGAAGUGUUCGGAGGUUCAAGUUCGGGAUUGACCGCGAUUGGACCGGACGCUGCUCGGUGGAACCUGUAUCUCAAGAAGAGUUACCUGAAGACCGCAAGCCUGAUGGCCAAAAGUGCCAGGGCGUCAGUCGUGCUUGGCGGAGCGUUAUCAAGGGAUUCAGAGGCGACCUCGCGACUGUCCGAUGAGCGCCUAAAGGAUAUUGCGUAUCUCUAUGGGAGAAAUAUUGGGAUAGCCUUCCAACUUGUGGACGACAUGCUAGAUUUUAGUACAAGUGCCGAGUUAGGGAAGCCUUCAGGUGGCGCAGAUAUGCAACUUGGCUUGACAACAGCACCUGCACUAUUUGCUUGGGAAGAAGAGCCUAAAAUGGGGGAAUUGAUAUCCCGGAGGUUCAGUGGAAGCGGUGACGUUGAGAUGGCUCGGGCAAUUGUUACGUCCACUUCUGCGCUUCAAAGAACACGGGAUCUAGCGGCCUCGUAUGCAAACGCAGCUCGUGACGCGAUUCGUCAGUUACCGGAGUCCGAAGCUAGACUAGGCUUGGAAACUCUCUGCAACCGCGUUAAUCUUUCCAUGCAUAUCGGAACAGUUGUUGCCAUCUCUACCGCAGCGUUUGCGCAGAGUGUUUAUGCUCACGGUUACGUCCCUUGGUUGCGCAUCGAUGGCAUCAAGAUAGUACCAGGUUGGAAUGUGCCUACGGAUCCAUACACCAACCCUCCUCCCGCCCGUGUAGUUCGUCGCACACCCAAUGAUUCGGGGUUCGUCAGUAACCCGACUUCCGGCGAUAUCACUUGCUCGAUAGGGAAUUAUCUCCCAUCGUCUCCAAUCACGGUUUCAGUUCCUGCAGGAGGAAAAGUCGAAUUUUUGUGGAAUUCUUGGCCACUGGGUCACUACGGUCCUGUCAUCAACUACAUGGCAAAAUGUCCUGGUUCUUGCUCCACAUGGAAGGGAGAUACUGGAAAGCCUUGGUUUAAGGCCGCUGACAAGUUAGCCAAGAACAACGCGACAUGGGCAGUCACCAUUCCCAAAAAUCUUGCUGCAGGCGAAUAUUUAUUGCGCCACGAGAUCAUUGCCUUGCAUGGCGGUUCCAGUAUCGGCGGUGCUCAAUUCUACCCUGUAUGUGCGCAAAUUACUGUUACUGGUGGCGGGUCUGCCAACCCCUCCGGGCUAGCGUUUCCUGGAGCAUACAAUGCCACCGACCCAGGUAUCCUCUUCAACCCCUACCUUGGGGAGGCAAGCAAUGUUGCAUAUAUUUCCCCCGGUGGCCCAGUCACGUCUGUUUAG